AUCCUCAUUUAUUUGUAAUCGGUUUCCAGGAGAUUGUCGAAUUAAAAGCGCAACAGAAAGAAAUAAGUAAAGUCUUAAAUAGUCGUCCUGGCCAACGUUCUACUUAUGUAAUACUGCGGUCUGGACAGUUAGUUGGUACUGCAUUGGUUAUUUACGCAAGAUCCGAUAUUGUAUCCAACAUACGCAAUGUUGAAUAUGUAAUGAAAAAAACGGGUUUAGGUGGCAUGGCUGGAAAUAAAGGUGGCGUAGCUAUUCGCCUUGAUUAUCAUGAUACGAGCAUAUGCUUUGUUACAGCACAUUUGGCGUCUGGUAAGAAACGAAUAUAUAACUUUAUCUAUGCUAAGUUGAUUGCUAAUAUACGAUUCCAUAAUUAUCAUGUAAUUAAAUUUGACGAAGCUGCGAAAAAAAAAUUACAAGGAGAGCUUUAUAUCGAGAGACAAAAAAUAAUGUCGGGAAAUAGUGAGAAAUCUUUGAUAUCAGACAACGUUGAAAAGAAAACUAUUCAUUUCGACAAUAAUUUCAUAACUAAUGGUGAUGGCGAGCUAGAAAAAACAAAUUACGAUAGAAAAUUUGAUAAUCUAUUUAAUGAUUUUAAAGAUGAUACAGUAACUACUAAUGAUAAUAAAAUAAAAGAGACGGGACCUGCAGUUGGUAUUUUGAUUAAUGUUGAUGAGAAUAAUAAAAAAGAAGGAU